UGUAUCAGGCCACCGCGACAGGGAUAUUAUAAGGACAUUCUUGCUAUGAAACAAGAUUAAUCUAGGCCUAUCGACAGACAUGAGAAGUUAGACCUGACAUGCUGAGUCUGGAUGCCAGUGUUUACAGCUUGAGAUGUAAGCAUGGGAAUGGCACUGUUGGUGGUGGGGUUCAGCUGCAGCCUUAUUGGCUGGAUCUGUGUGUAUGUCUUCAUUUGCUACGUUAACACUCAACGGGGCUACGAAUGGAACUGCAGACUUGUUACUCUUUUCCAUGGCAUCCUCAUAGUUUUACUGACCGCUUACAUUGCCUUCAUUGAUGGGCCUUGGCCCUUCACACAUGUAGGUGAAGAGAAUACGCCCCUGCAGGUCUUGGCCGUGCUUAUCAGUCUGGGUUACUUCAUUUUUGACAUGGGCUGGUGCAUGUACUUCCGAACAGAGGGCCCUGUGAUGCUUGCCCAUCACAUUCUGAGCGUCCUGGGUAUGCUGCUGACCCUGGGUCUCGGGGAGUCCGGCACAGAGAGCUGUGCCGUAAUCUUUGGGAGUGAGAUCACCAAUCCCCUCCUGCAGGCGAGGUGGUUCCUGAAGCGUGCUGGCCAGUAUGACAGCCUGGCAGGAGACGCCGUUGACCUCUUGUUCAUUUUACUCUUUGGCCUAGUGCGCAUUGGCGUCGGCAGCAUCCUCCUCGUCGCAGUGAUUACGUCCGCCCGAACUAAGUUGGUUAUAAAGGCAGGAGGGGUGGCCAUCUACACACUGUCCUGGAUCUUCAUGGUGGACAUCACCCGCUUUGCCUUCCGAAAAAGUUGCGGUAAAUACAGACGCUGGCAGGAGCGCUGCAUACAGAACAGUGUAAAUGGAAAGGCUCAUCAGAAUUAGCUCCGACCUUAAAAUGGCCAUCCAAUCACACCUAAGUGGCUCCCUAAUGAAAUGAACGACAGAGUGCUGAUAUUCAUUGAAAUGGAAAAAGACGACUGAUAUCACCAACUAGCUAACAUGGAAUUCCUCUCAUUUCUCAGGCAAUUGUUAUAGUAAAUAUGUGAGUGACCAUUGGACACUGUGUUAGUAGGCUGUCAAUGUCUACUGAGUAUUCAGCUGACCUACAACUGUGACAUAAUAUUUUUGCCUACUAUAUAGUAGGCCUAAACUAGUAUGGGUAUUCAGAUG